AACCUUGACAUCAUUCAUCACGACUGCUUAAAAAUAUUUCAUGUGACGCACCAAAUACGAUACUAUAUAUGACCAGUGUUUCGUGCCACGACCCUCCCUUUCUCUUCCUUCUUUUUCCCUCUCUAGCAAGCCGACGAUUUAAAGAAAAAGAAUCUUUCUGGUGCUAUUUUUUUCAUAUGUAUUUUGGGUACCAGAAAAAUCUACGAAAAAGCAGCUAAACUAGCAAAAAGUCCCCCACACAAACGCACUUGUUUAAAGCACUGAGAACUGUUGUCUUUGAAGUUCUAAGAAAGUUGUUUCACUUUCGUUUCUUCAUUUAUCUAUGUCUAAAUUUAUUUACCAUCAAAGCUUUAGUACUAGUAAUCAUUAGUUUUGAAUUGGGUUUUUUUUUCCAUUUUUAUUUCCAAAUAAUUGUAAGCAAGAAAAAGGAAAAGAAAAAAAGGUUGUGGCUUUGUUGGACCGAAGUGUUUGUGUUGUAGGAUCAGAAAGAGUGAAAACCCAGAUAUUUAUAUCACUCUUUCUACUUUUUCAUUUCAUUUUCUCUCUUUUUCAAAAGCUUCAAAACACAGAAAGCAAUGAAAUAGCUGGGGAGCUUGUUUGUGCGUGGAGUUGCGUGCCUUUCGUGGGUACUUACUUCUGCACACCAUUAAAAAGAAUAUCUUUCAAAUGGCUACUGGGGUUCAAAUUCAAGAGAGAGUGCCAGAGAACCUGAAGAAACAGCUUGCUCUUACUGUGCAAGACAUCCAGUGGAGUUAUGCAAUUUUCUGGACCAUUUCUGCUAGACAGCCAGGGGUCUUGCAGUGGGGUGAUGGUUAUUACAAUGGAGAUAUAAAGACAAGGAAAACAGUUCAAACUGUAGAGCUCAAUGCUGACCAACUGGGUUUGCAGAGAAGUGAGCAACUGAGAGAACUUUACGAGUCCCUCUCGGCUGGUGACAGCAGUCCUCAGGCUAGAAGACCUUCAGUAUCAUUAUCUCCUGAAGAUCUCACAGAUACUGAGUGGUAUUACUUAGUUUGUAUGUCAUUUGUAUUCAACAUUGGCCAAGGGUUGCCGGGAAGAACAUUGUCAAGUGGUCAACCUAUUUGGCUUUGCAAUGCUCAUUAUGCAGAGAGCAAAGUGUUCAGUCGUUCACUGCUAGCAAAGAGUGCAUCUAUUCAGACUGUAGUAGGCUUUCCAUUUUCAAGAGGUGUGAUUGAGCUUGGUGUAACAGAUUUGGUAUUGGAAGACCUCAGCCUCAUUCAGCGAGUUAAAACUUCAUUCUUGGAUACUCCACAGCCAUUUGCUUCUAAUAAAUCCAUUCCUGUUGAUGGAAUUACAGAAAAUGACAAGGAUCUUACUGGUCCUGCUUUUGAUCCUCAGAUCCUUGACACCAAAGUUAGUCCGCUUUUAGGCUGUGAACAAAUAGAAAUGGCUUCUCCAAAUGACAGUUCGGAUGGCUUUGAGCCUAACCAACCAGCAGAAGGUUCAUUCAUGGUUGAAGGGAUAAAUGGUGGAGCUUCUCAGAUACAAAGUUGGCAACUCAUGGAUGAGGAGUUCAGCAAUUGUGUCCACCAUUCCUUGAAUUCCAGUGACUGCAUAUCUCAAACCUUUGUGGACCAUGCAAAUGUUGUUCCUCUUUGCCAGGGAGAAAAAGAUAAUGACAAUGGUUUGGAAGAUGUUCAAGAGUGCCAUCAGACAAAACUGACAUCUUUAGAUUUUCAAAGUGAUGAUCUGCACUACCAAAUGGUUCUCUCAGCCCUAUUAAAGAGCUCGCACCAGUUGAUUUUGGGACUACACUUUCAAAACUCUAACCAUGAAUCCAGCUUUGUCAGCUGGAAGAAAAAUGGCUUCUUGAAGUCUCAGAAAGCAAGAGGCAAAACCCCUCAAAAGUUAUUGAAAAAGAUAUUGUUUGAAGUUCCUCUGAUGCAUGAUAAAGGAUUACUUGAAUCUCCAGAAGAUAAUGGUGUUAGAGAUGCAGCUUGGAGACCAGAGGCCGAUGAAAUUUGCCGAAGCCAUGUGUUGUCAGAGAGGAGGCGGAGGGAAAAACUAAAUGAAAGAUUUAUAAUUCUCAAAGCACUGCUCCCUUCAAAUAGCAAGGCUGAUAAAGUUUCUAUACUAGAUGAUACAAUAGAAUACCUACAAGACCUCGCAAAAAGGGUCGAAGAGUUGGAAUCUUCCAGAGAGUUAACAGAGUUAGAGGAGAGGAUGAAAAGAAAACCUCAGGACCAUGUAGAGCGAACAUCUGAUAACUAUGGCAAUAACAAAAUCACCAACGGAAAGAAGUCAUCCAUAAAUAAAAGGAAAGCCUGUGACAUUGAUGAAGCAGAACUAGAGAUUGACUAUGUUGCAUCUAAAGAUGGUUUAACCGAUAAUUUAACUGUCAGUAUGAACAAGAAGGAUUUUCUAAUUGAGUUUAGGUGUCCUUGGCGGGAAGGAAUUUUGCUUGAGAUAAUGGAUGCACUAAGCACUCUCAACUUGGAUUGCCACUCAGUUCAAUCAUCUACCACCGAGGGGAUUCUCUCCCUGACUAUAAAAUCCAAGUACAAAGGAUCAACUGUUGCAUCAGCAGGGACGAUCAAGCAAGCGUUGCAAAGAGUUGCACGGAAGUGUUGAAGCAUCUCUUUUAUCCACAAUCAUAUAGAGUUAUUUGCUCUAGAUUGCCCUGCUUCUUUUGCAAAAUCCGUGUACCACAAACAAAAACGUUUUUCCUCCAUGUAGUUAGGUGGUUAGUAAAAUAAAGGGAAAUAAAUCUAGUUUGGAACUAUGUAAUUUUCUUCAAAAUCUAAAGCACAAGUAACCUAUGACUUCAAUCUUUCACCAUGUGUAACAUCCAGAAAAAUAAAUUUUUAAGCAUUAGUAUUUCAACUUGUUAAAUGGGAUAUCUAUUGAGCUAAGGACAACAAAGUAAAUAUAGAAUAUGACUAAAAGCAAAUAAUCCUGGCACCGCAAUUUACAUCCACCUUUCACC